AUGGCGUCCCUCAAUCUUUCGAUCAAUGGGCCCUCGAUCAAGUCCAGCUAUCAAGCUGUGAUUAAUGCAUCCGCCUCCGGCAACUCCUCCACCUUCGCCAGUUGGGCCUUAUUCUCAGUCCAAGCUCCCCUAGCCAAUGCCUUCCAAGAUUCAGGCAAUAAGGAGAGCGUACUGAAGGUGCAGACUACCGGCGAAGGCGAGCUUGAAGAGUUACUCGAAGACUUCAACGAGGGUCGAGUACAAUUCGCCUUUGUCAAAAUCAAAGACCCCAACUCCGGCCUCCCGAAAUAUGCCCUCAUUGCAUGGUGCGGUGGAGGUGUUCCCGAGCGAACCAAGGGCUACUUUACUAGCCAUCUCAAUGCCGUCUCCAAGGUUCUUCACGGCUACCACGUACAGAUCACCGCCCGCUCAGACAGCGACAUAGAACCAGCAAACAUCCUGCAAAAGAUAUCCGAUGCUUCAGGCGCAAAGUAUACCGCUGGAGGCAGCGCGCCAGUCAAGUCGUCGGGCGCCCCUCCUCCUGUCAAGUCGAAGCCGGUCUUUCCCACGACUGCUAGCGGCACCAUCUCCUUCAACCCAAUUGUGGCCGCUCGCAACGCCCAGUUGCGCUCCAAGAAAGAUGACGACGGCUGGGGCGAGGAUGCCCCCCAGGUCUCGCGGAGUCAAAUUGAGAAGGUUGAGUCUGCUUAUAAGCCUACAAAGGUUGACAUCAAUGCGCUUCGAAGUCAACCUACAGCGUCGACGGGCGAUGAGCGUCCAGACGUUGUCAGAGGUGCCUAUCAGCCUGUUGGCAAGAUCGAUAUUGCCGCUAUUCGAGCAGCCGCCAAGGAGAAACCCGACGACAGGCCUACAGUGGUCAAAGGCGCAUACGAGCCCGUCGGAAAGGUAGACAUUGCCGCCAUUCGUGCAAAAGCCCAGAAGCCUGCUGAAUCUACCCCCGAGGAGGCACCCGAGCAGCCGAGGUCUUUGGCCGAACGGGGCGCAGCUUUCAACCAGUCCGAGCGUAUUACGGAGUUGCCAAAGCCAAAGGUGGUCAAGAAGUUUGACAAUUCCUCUUCGUACGGAGGUACCAAGCCUCUGAACCCGGGUGGUUUCGGUCUACUUGGACCUGCAGGCGGCGCUCCUAAAAACCCCCAGGUCGGCUCUGCUGGACGAUCUUUCGCGGCCUCUAGCGGCAAGACUCCUGCACAGCUCUGGGCCGAAAAGAAAGCAGCUCAAGGUGGUGGAGCGGCCCCAAGUGUUGCUAGCCCCUCUGUGACUUCGCCUGUCGCGCCGCAAAAGAGUGGAGGAGGAUGGCAGAGUGGAUACACUGGCAAAUCCUGGGGUACUGUGCAAACAGGAGCUUAUGGUCGGGGAAUUGGUGGACAGAAGACUGGAGAUACUACGACUAGCCAGGGCAAUGAGGAGCCAGAAGCCAGGCCUGAAGGCGUCAGCUCUCUGAAGGAUCGAUUCAAGGGCGCUGCACCAAUUGGUGUUGCAGCAGGUGCCGGGGCAGUCGCCGGAGCUGCAAUCGGUGCCGCCGCUGCUGGCGAAGACGAGGAAGAGGAGGACGAGGCGGCGCCUCCGCCGCCACCCCCAGCCACUCGACCUUCAGACGGUCCAUCUGGUGGCUUUGCUCUGCCUGGCAUGCCUCCUCGUCCGCCUCCAGUCACCGAUGAAGAUGAAGAGGAAGAGGAGCCUGAGCCUAUUCCAGUCGCUGUCCCAGUUCCUCGAGGUCCUGAGCCCGAGCUCGAACCUGUCCACGAACCACCGAGAUCUUUGCCUACUCGUCCCCUGGCACAAGAAGUACCGGCAGAGGAGGAGCUUCCCGAGGAGGAGGACGCCUAUGACCCUCGAGCCGCUGCGACUGCUGUUGCAGAGCAGCAGUUUGGUGAAGAGCAAGUCGCCGAUGCUCCAGCUGCUACUGGCGGAAAGAGGGCAUUGAUCCAGUAUGACUAUGAAAAGGCGGAAGACAAUGAGCUUGAACUCCGCGAAGGUGACUACGUUACCAACAUUGAGAUGGUAGACGAAGACUGGUGGAUGGGCACCAACUCUGCCGGAGAGAGCGGUCUUUUCCCGUCCAACUAUGUGGAACUUGUUGACGAUGACGAUUCGGCACCCACUGGCGCUGCUGCACCUCCUCCGCCGCCUCCCGCUGCUGCCGUGCCGGAACCGGAGCCGGAGCCAGAGGCUGCUGCCGGCGGCGGCGCUACUGCUACUGCAAGCUUCGACUACGAAGCUGCCGAGGACAAUGAACUCAGCUUUCCAGAGGGCGCGACUAUUACUGGUCUUGAGUUCCCUGAUGACGAUUGGUGGUUUGGUCACUACGGCGGCGCAUCUGGACUUUUCCCAGCCAACUAUGUCGAGCUUAACCAGUAG